UCCCGGCCAUGCAGGGGGGCUGGCGGGUGCUGUCGGCCAUCGCGGCGGGCCGCGGGCGCUGGGCCGGUUGUGUGCGCGGCUGUGGCCGCCUCCGCCCCUCAAUGGCAAAAAGCAAGUUCGAGUAUGUGCGGGACUUCGAGGCGGACGACACCUGCCUGCCCAACUGCUGGAUUGUGGUCCGGCUGGACGGCCGCAACUUCCACAGGUUUUCUGAGCAGCAUGAGUUCAAAAAGCCCAAUGAUGACCGUGCUCUUCAGCUGAUGACCAAGUGUGCCCAGACAGUGAUGCAAGAAUUGGAGGAUAUAACUAUUGCUUACGGACAGAGUGAUGAAUAUAGUUUUGUUUUCAAAAAGAAGAGCAGAUGGUUUAAAAGAAGAGCGAGUAAGUUCAUGACUCAUGUGGUCUCCCAGUUUGCCUCAAGUUACGUUUUCUAUUGGAAAGAUUACUUUAAGGACCAGCAACUUCUGUACCCACCAGGAUUUGAUGGACGAAUUGUGUUGUAUCCCAGCAACCAAAAUUUAAAGGACUACCUCAGCUGGAGACAAGCUGAUUGCCAUAUUAAUAACCUUUAUAAUACAGUGUUUUGGAUGCUUAUACAGCGAAGUGGCUUGACACCAGGGCAAGCACAGGACAGACUUCAGGGAACUUUGGCUGGAGAUAAGAAUGAAAUCUUAUUUUCUGAAUUCAACAUCAACUACAAUAAUGAACCUUUGAUGUAUAGAAAAGGAACUGUCUUAAUAUGGCAGAAGAUUAAUGAAGUUAUGACUAAGAAGAUAACACUGCCAAAGAAAGCAGAAGAAAAGGAAGUUGAAGUGACCCGGACUAGGACUAAAGUUGUUCCCCUGCACUGUGACAUUAUUGGGGACCAGUUCUGGGAGGAAUAUCCUGAGAUUCUGGCUGAGGAUAGUUGAUAUCUCUGACUAUAACUGGUAGUUCACAUUCUGCUCUGCUUGGGUUGUUGGCAAGUAAGGAGUAUGAAUGGUGGCUGGCCGAGUUUAACCUCAAACCCUCUUCAGCAACUACAUUGGUUUUAGCACUGUUGUUGCUUGAAAAAAAAGACACUGUUAUGUUGUCUGACAUACAAGAAUAUGCUCACAUGGAAAACCUAAAAUCGUAUUUUAUUUUGAAUGUUAAGAACUCCUCAUAAAUUAAGACUGCUCCUUCCUUGUACAUGCAUAUUUGUAGAAAAAGUGUAUAGAAAUUUCAUGCAUUUCUAUAGCAUUUAAGCCAUGAGGUAUUUUAAUGGACUGCUGCACUAUAAAAGGCUUGCAUAUUUGAACAGUUAAAAGUAGAGAAGAAAAUAAUUAUUUUGAUUUUUGUUUCAACUGAGAUGGACCAGAAUAUUUCAACUGACACUUAUUAUUAAAUUUCAAGGGCAGUGUGAUUAGUGACAAACUGUUCAACUCCCUUAUGUCUCUGAUUUUUACAGGAAGGAAAUGGAGUAGCCCAGCCAUUUCCUAUGACUGAUUGUUAAAAGCUUUUUUAAAAUGUACAGGAUUUUUAUACUUUUAAAAGUUAAAAAAAAAAUUAUUAUUCUCUGCUGUGUUUAUUACUUGGCCUUUUGCAUUCCUGGGACUUUCCCUAGUGAUUGGUGAAAGUUCUAAACAGUGAAGUUAACAAUAAAGAUACUAUACAGACUUGAGUGCUCUUAGGACAGGGGUAGACAUUGUGCUCUCAUCUUCAGUGGCCUGGGAAGUCAUCAGUCUCCCAUGGUGCAGUAGAGUGAACGGUCGCAACAGAGGGGAACAUCCCUGGUGCCUGCAAAGAGGGUGCUAACAAGAACUUAACUUACUGUUCUCUGAUUUUCCUGGGGAUGACACAGACGUAGCAGUUCUGACAGUACUUGUUAGUUAGAAGGAAGAGGAGUGUGUGCUGCCUGAUCUGUUGUCAUGGUUUAAACCUGGCCGGCAGCUGAACACCAUGCAGCUGCUUGCUCAGUCUCCCCCACCCUGGGGAAUGGGGGAGAGAGUUGAAGGGGUAAAGGUAAGGAAACGCAUAGGUUGGGAUAAAACCAACUUAAUAACUGAAGUAAAGUAAAAUAACAAUAGUAAUAAUAGAAAAUACAGAUGAGUAAUGCACGAUGCUAUUGUUCACCAUCUGCCAACUGCUGCCCAGCCUGUUCCCGGCUAGUGAUCCUAGAGAAGAGAGAAUCCUGAAACCCCAGUCCUGGAAGCAAGAGCGAGCUUCCUGAUCAACCCUCAUCUAUAUACUGAGCAUGAUGUUGUAUGACACAGAAUAUUGCAUUGGCCCAUUUGGGGCCAGUGCUCUGGCUGUGCUCACUCGUAGCUUCUUGUGCACCUGUGCACAAGCAGGACCUGGGAAGUUAAAAGUCCUUGAUUUCUCAGCAACAACUAAAAACAUCAGCGCAUUAUCAGCAUUCUUCUUAUACCAAAUCCCAUAGUGGAUCCAAACCACAGCUCUGUUCUAGCUACUAAGAAGAAUCAAAAAAAAAAUAAAAUAGCUAUAUCCCAGCCAAAACCAGGACAUCUAUGCACAGUUUGUCAGAACAGUUAAAUCGUACAACCUCUCAGAGGAGAAACAUUUCUGCUAAUGUAAAGGGGCUUGUCCCAGUGUAACUGGAAUUUGAUUGAAAUAACCUCUUUCAGUACAGAGAUAAAACUAUAAUGGUAUAAUAGGUAUUUAUAAGGAUAUUAUUACUGCUUUUAACUGUACUUGUUUCAAAAACGUGGUUCUAGAACUGUAAUCUGGCAUGCUGUUGCUGAGAGAGAGAGAGCAUUUGGGACCGGCCAUAAAAAUGGAAAGAAAGAAUCAGAUGUGACUGAAGAUCAGUACUGAGUUAUUUUCCCCUUAAUUUGCCUAGUAGCCUACUCUGUCUCACCUUUUCUUCCCACAGGAAGAACCUGCACAUUUAAGGCAAUGUGUGCAUUUUAAUUUUACAUUGAAAAAAAAAACAAACCCAAAAAAACACCAAAACAAACCAACAAAAGAAACUAAACAGGUGCUGAUGUAAACUACUACUUUGCAGUUUCUUCCCAAGAUUAAAAAAUGAGUCCAUGUGUUUAUAAUAGCGCAGGGCUUCCCCUCUACUGCCAUGUGCCAAUACUGAGCAGUUAAGUACAUGCAGUGAGAGAAUGCCUAUCAUUUUUAGUUUGUAGAAUGGGCUGUAUAAUUCACAGGAAGAGGAUAUGAGAGAUUGUGAGGUUAUGACUGAAUGAAUCAUUACACUGGUCAUUUACCACUAAGAACUUCCUCUCUGUCUGUUUUGUUUUUGUUUUUUUUUUUUUUGUCUUGUAACUCAAAUGUAAUUUACUUGACUUUGAAAGGCCAUAUGUUACUAUCUGGUGCCUGACUUCAGAUAUUACAUAUACAGCAACUGUUCCAGAGGUGGUAACAUAUGGAUUUUGCUGUCUGAGUAAGGAUGAAAAUAAAUUUUGGCAAACAUGA